AUGUACAAACGUCUGGACUGAUGUUUAUUUUCUCAUUGUCCUGGCCUUUAUAGAUGAUCAUCCCGGACAUGACUUCACGACUUUUAUUGACUCCUAAAGUGUGGUGCAGGCCUUCGUACUGUCGUACAACAGCAAGCAUCUCAGCAUAGGGGCAAUCCUGGCUGAACCUGUGCGCCUGGCGGAGGCGGGGAGAACAGUGAGCAUCUGCUGGGUCCCUGGACACGUGGGAUGUGGGGGCAACCACAGGGCGGAUGAGGCGGUGGUGGGCGCUGCUUCGUCAGACGCGACCAUUUAUGGGGAGGACGUGCCAUGCCAAGACCACUACCCCCACAUUAGGGCUAGCGUUCGCCACAUCAAGGAAAGCGUAUCAAGGAAAAAUCAAAGAAAGCAAAGGAACAAUCAAGGAAAGCGUAUCAGCUCGGAGCUCAUUGUACCAGAGAUCCCGACAGAUGGAGGUAGCGCUAUAGGUGUUGACUAGAAUUGGUCAUACGCGCCCCACCCAUGGCUACAUGACUGAGCGCCGGCCUAUGCCAUACUGUGACCCUCCCAUACUGUAGUACCCCUGACAGUUUUACAUGUCUUAGCUGAUUGUGCUAGCCACAGCGACAUCCGACACAACUGUCACCUCAACACAUCAGCCCUUCAUCAUGACGAAAUGCUUAACAAUGCUAAGAAAGGACCAGCAAAACAACUUCAGAACUGACAACCUUAGACGAUAUUUGAUAGAAUGCAACCUGCUACCAGAGAUCUAGCAUGAUCCCUUGACGACACCGCCUUUCCGCCAUAUGCCGGAAACUGUAUUUGCACCUAACCCAUCACCCAGACGAAGCCCCACUACCUUGACACUGGACUUCGUACAAGAGGCCGUAUCGGACCCUCGCUCCGUGAACAGAGAAUCUUCCGUCCAACCCCUGCGCCUAAAUGGAUCAGGCUGCAAGCCUGGAAGAUAGAAGAAAUCAAUUACUUUGAACACAACUGAAGAUCGCACUUCCGGGGCGAAACAGAUAGCUACGUGAAGCGCUCCCAAAACUACUUCCACUAUAAAAGCAAGUCAAGCAACCUUCUACCGCGCUAGCAACCUUCUACCGUUUUAAAUCGAAACUAAAAUAUAAUUCAUUCAUUCAGUCAUCUUAAUUACUUCACUCUCAGUUUUCAACUGUAUUUUAAUUUGAUUGGUUCAAGUGCAUUUAGAAUAGUGACUCAUUUAAUUUAAUUCAUGGGACUAUUUCAUCCACUGGAUUUUUGUGGUUCUCAAAUGAGCUUCGCUCCGCGGGAUUGAAUAACGUUUGUGCAGAAACUCGUCAUGCUGAUUUAGUUACGUGUCUACGGAAAUUAUUAACUGAAAUUAUUAUGAUAAAACAUGGUUAAUAAAUCCCGCAGGGGAGUGGAAUUACCUCCCCACUCGGGGAAUUGAUGAUCAGUGCCAUCCCCCGGGAUCCCUGCACUGAACACUGCUACUGAAUAAUGCACUGCUCAGUUCUGAAUCAUGUGCUGCUCAGUUCUGAAUCAUGUGCUGCUCAGUUCUGAAUCAUGUGCUGCUUAGUUCUGAAUCAUGUACUGCUGAGUUCUAAAUCAUGUACUGCUCAGUUCUAAAUCAUGUGUUGCUCAGUUCUAAAUCAUGUACUGCUCAGUUAUAAAUCAUGUAUUGCUCAGUUCUAAAUAAUGUGCUGCUCAGUUCUAAAUAAUGUACUGCUCAGUUCUGAAUGUACUGCUCAAUUCUGAAUAAUAUACUGCUCAGUUCUGAAUAAUGCACUGCUCAGUUCUGAAUCAUAUGCUGCUCAGUUUUAAAUGUUCUGCUCAGUUCAAAAUCUUGCCCUGCGUUCCGCUGUUUGGUGCUUUACUGCUUUUAACCAAAUUUUGCUACCUUGCGAUGACCAUUUCCUUUAAAAUCAUUGAUAAGUCAUCCAUCUUCCAGCAUGCUAGUUUUCACUGAACUGCAAAUUCCAGCAGAAUAAAUAUUAGUUCUAAUUAGACCUAAAAGUCUCACUCGCAUACGACCUGAAGAAAUUAGGUCACUAAUGUCUUUUGUUACGAAUUAUUAAUCGGCAAUACUGUUAUUCAAUUCGAUUUUGUUAUAAUCAUUUGAAAGUUAACUUGAAUAGUUAGAUGUUCAAUUACGUACUACUAAUAUUACGUCUUUAAUUCCUUUGAAAUUUCAAUGUUACCAACUAAACACGCGUGCUACUCUGUUCAUGCGUUUGUUGUUCACAAUAACCUAUAGUUUCUUCACGUGGUAUUUUUAGUUCGUUGACACAACAGUUGACCUCAUCAUGACGCCUACGUUCAAGGCUGUAGAGAAGGUGCUGAAAGACAAGCGAUCUCUCACUCUCGAGCUGGCCAAGCUCAUCGCUGACUCUGCUGCCGAAGCCAUUGCUGCUAGAGGUGUCUUCACCCUCGGACUUUCCGGUGGUUCGAUGGCUGGGUUUGUAUGCAAUGGCUUGCCGUCCAUCACGACGGACUGGAGUGCGUGGCGCCUCCUGUUCUGCGACGAGCGACUCGUGUCUGUCGACAGCCCUGACUCUACGCUGCAGCUCUACCUGACCGGCCUGCUCGACACCACCCCACUCACCAGGGACCAGUUCCUCCAAGUCGAUGUCAGCCUCCAACCCAACGAAGCCGCUACAGAUUACGAAGAGAAGCUGCGGAGCCUUCUUCUCCAGGAUACACCUUGGCCACGACUGGACCUGCUACUGCUGGGUGUAGGUCCUGACGGGCACACAGCGUCGCUGUUCCCCCAGCACCCACAGCUGCAGGAGCAGCAGAGGUGGGUGGUCGCUGUCACGGACUCCCCCAAGCCUCCCCCAGCGCGCGUCACCCUCACGCUCCCCGUCCUCAACAACGCCAGGCGCUGCAUCAUGGCCUUCGCUGGAGCCGACAAGGCAGACAUUGUCAAGACGCUGAAGGCGGAGCGCGACGCGGACGUGACGGCGACGACGCUGCCAGCGGCGAGGGUGCGGCCCACGGACGGCGACCUCCUGUGGCUCAUGGACGCCGCCGCUGCCUCCAAACUCUGACCGAUCCUCGCGCUCGCUCGGUCUUCUCCACACCAGUUCAAUAUUCCCUUAAUUCGCUCAUUUAUGAAGCGUUUUCAUAAUGAAUUUAUUGUUCUGCUUGUGGUUCCUCUGUGCGUACAAAUUAUUUGUUCUGAUAAUUCGUUUUUUUCUAUGAAGUCUCUUUUUAUUAUAAGUUUAUUCUCCAGUUGUUGUUUCUCUGUGCGUACAACGUACACGUGCCUUAUUUUCAUCAUGAAUUUAUUGUUCUGCUUGUGGUUCCUCUGUGCGCACAAAUUAUUUGUUCUGAUAAUUCGUUUUUUCUAUGAAGUCUCUUUUUAUUAAAAGUAUAUUUUCCGGUUAUUGUUUCUCUGUGCGCAUAACGUACACGUGCCUUAUAGGUCCCCGAAUUUGUUGCUAUUGUGACGUAUUUAUUUCUAUAAUAAUUAUAUUUUGAGAGGUUGUUUUACUAUGGGUUUACUGGUUUCAUUUUGUUGUUUAUUUACGUUUUGGAUCACGAAACGCUUACUAAUUAGUUGACAGAUGAAUAAAACUCUCAGAACUUU